AAGUCUGAUGAUGGAACGAAGAAAAGGAGAGUCGAAUAAGAGAGAGAGAGAGAACUGGGUUCCCCGUGUCGAGUGGCGCUCGGCAUUUCAUCGCCAUUCAGUUGGAGAAUUUCAGUCGAGUCGGUCGGUCGGUGUAGUUAUAGCACACGCCCAGUCUCUCUCCCGCGACUCUCUCUUUCCCUCUACGUGCGACUACCACCUUGCCCAGCAUUGAGUCACCCGUCGUCAUUUCUUGUGUUAUCAGCUGGCCAACAGCACCUCGUGUGUUAAAAUUCACUAUACACCGUGUAUGCUUGUAUAGUUUUAAUUGCAUUACCGUCGAGUUGCCAAAGAGUUUGCCAACAACCAACGGUCGACUGAUUUUCUCGUCCAUCUGACACACAGCAGACGGCAACAACAACUGUACAGCAGUGUCAAAAGGGGCGAAUCGACCAACAACAUUUCGGAAUAAUAAUCUAUCUCAAACGUCAUCAGCAGCGCAGUUUCAUUUCAACUUUGGCGCUGUGUACGUCCGUGUUUGUUUGGUUGUUUGUCUCAUUAUCGGAUAGCGAUACGAGACGAGAAGUGGUUGACCCCGCAAGUUCGCAAUGCGACCUCGUAGUGGAUUCGUCUGCCAGCAGCCGUAGCCGUUAUUACUGAGAACCCGUUCGAUCAAAUUUAUCAUCCGCGGAAUAAUCAUCGUUUUACAACACAAGUGCGCGCGCCAAAUUUGAAAUCGAAUCGAAUCGAACGGACGUCAUGGAACACUCGGCUCUUCAACCGUCUGCCCAUUUGGCGUUGGUCGAAUUGGCCGCCGGCGCUGCGGGAUCUUCAUCGUCAUCGUUCGCCGACAGGCCAUCCAAAGUCAAACUCGAUGACGCUGCCGCUAUUCAUCUGGGCGUGAACGGCAGCGGCGGCGACGACCCUUUCUUCACCAGCACCGCCUCAAGGUUAGACCUGGAGCCAACAACAGCCGGGCCUCACGAACUCAGUCCAGUUGAAUUGGCCGGAGUCAUCGUAGCGGCGGCGCUCAUCACGGCGGCUCUCAUCGGCUUCGGCAUCUGGAUGCACUUCCGGCGGAAGAAAUCCAAGAGCCAAGAACUCAACUCGGCCACAGGCGGACGGAUGAACGGCGGACCCAAUCACCACCCAGUGGCUCCUCAAGUGUCGGUCAUCAGCAUGGAAACGGACGUCCGACCUGCCGCCGUUCGACAAAAUAGUUACGGCAGCACGGGAUACAUCGGGUCCCUGGGCCCUUACCGCUCGGACGGCGUUGGCCAGUCAGAAGAAGAUGAAAUGGGAUCGUUCACCGAUUACGGAUCGAUCGUCGGCUCGUUCCCGCCGUCGCCGGCUGGAUCCUUCCGCUCGGCCAUCGACGCUCCGGGAUUUUCCAGAUCUAGAGCGGGGACGGGGACGUCGUUUGCCACCGUCAUGUCGUUCGGUUCGUACCGCUCGAGGGCCAGCAACACGGCGUCGUUCCACACUUGCGUCGAAGAGGAAUUCUCGUGAAAUCGUCGUGAAUUGAAUUUUCCCGCGCGGAAAUAGUGGCGGG